GGUUCCGAAGCGAUGGAAGCAGCUUUGAAGCUUGCAAGACAACACUAUCUCGAGUCCAGCCCUCCACAGCCACAAAGGACUAAGUUCAUCGCCAGACGCGAGUCCUAUCAUGGUACAACCUUGGGAGCUUUGUCGGUCAGCGGCCAUAAAGCACGACGCGCUCCUUAUGAACCAAUGCUACUUCCUAACAUGAGUCAAGUCUCUGCCUGUAAUGCGUAUCGUGGUAUGAAGGAAGGCGAGACAGAAGCCGAGUACGUGGAAAGACUUGGAGAGGAGCUUGAACGUGAGUUCCAGCGUUUGGGCCCUCACAACGUGUGUGCAUUCGUGGCCGAACCGGUGGUUGGAGCGGCGCUGGGAUGUGUACCUGCAGUCGAAGGCUACUUCAAAUCAGUGCGGACCAUAUGCGACAAGCACGGGGCUCUACUCAUCCUGGACGAAGUAAUGUGUGGUAUGGGUCGUACAGGGACAAUGCAUGCUUGGCAAUCGCCGCUCAUCGGCGUCACUCCGGACAUACAAACCAUUGGAAAAGGACUGGGUGGUGGAUAUGCACCCGUGGCAGGCGUGUUGAUAAGCCGCAAGGUCACAGAUACGCUCUUCGGAGGCACUGGAGCAUUUGCUCACGGCCAGACGUAUCAAGGUCACCCUGUCAGCUGCAGAGCUGCACUGGAGGUAAUCAGGACGGUCAAAGAAGAGAGGCUGGUAGAAAAUGUUGCGGCUAUGGGCGAGAAGCUAGAGGCUCUCUUGAGACAGAUGGUUUUGCCAUUGCCUCACGUGGGAGAUGUGAGAGGAAAGGGACUCUUCUGGGGGAUCGAAUUCGUCAAAGAUAAGACAACGAAGAAGCCAUUUGAUCCAAAAGAGAAUGUCGCGAUGGGGAUUCACGAGAAAGGAUUGAGCGAACCACACAGCAUUACCCUUUAUCCUGGGAACGGUACAGUUGACGGCAGGUUUGGGGACCACAUUCUACUUGCUCCGGCGUACAGUGUGACGGUGGAAAUUGUCGAGUUGAUAGCGAGGAAAACGGCGGCGGUGAUCGAGGAGUAUUUUUCAGAAAAAAGGACUUUGAGUUGAGCAUGUAUCCAGUCACGACAAGACAGCGGUUGUGAUUGUGUUGUCAAGCGAUUGGGAGGGUCGGCACAAAGCGCAGCUAGAUGUAGAUGGAACAGUCCAGGCUUCGGCUCACUGAAUGCAAUGCAGCACCUGGCUUAUCGAAUGCUGGCCAGAGAGCCAUGUCAAUAUCAAAGGCGGGUUUGAAAGGAAUUAGCGAGAGGGCAGAUGAGAUUUAUCAGUGAGCGGAUGGCGAUUGGCGAUUGGCGGUUGGCGGUUGGACGAGUGAAGAAUCAACGCGGUAGUGUUGCAAUGCGGAGAGAGGCAGAAUGACGAAGCACACAGUGGACUCGCAGCUCCUCCAGCGCUCGCGGUGCCUCCCACGCUUUCUGCUCAAGCCGGCAAGGGCACACGCUGACAAUUUCAACACACGCCCAUCCCUCGAGCACCCGCAGCACGACAGACUUGUCUCUGAUCCUCGAGCCUCAGCUGGUCGAGCGUGUUCC